AUAUACCGUCAUGUCGAUCAACAUGGCUAUGUGAAGGAUCUGGAUGACAUGAAGGGUCUGGGAGACAUGAUCAACGGAAUGCUGCUGUGCAAAAGUCGGUUCUGGAUAAUCGCGAGAAUCCGUUAUGAAGAAAGCUGGUUUGGUGAGCUACUGGGUCACCUCGAAUCAGGAGCCAAUCUGUGUCAAAAUUCUACGCGAGGAUGUCGAAGUCCUCCGUCAAGCCUUCAGCGGGUACGGAUCCGUUACCGAGCCUCAGUUUUUGGAUCGGUGUCUCAAUCAAUUUCCCAACUUGAGAAUGAUCAAGACCUGGGAUUCAGAGGAGCUCAACACCGUUGUCGAGUCUUUUGAGUUCAACGGCAAUCUAAUCCUCGUUCAGCGUCCCUAUCCUCUCACGACAAAUUCAAGUUGGAAAUGGCAUCAUGCUUCUGAAGCUGGAACGAUCUGCUGGCGUUCGCUAGACUCGAUCAGACUUGCGAGUCGUGACAGCAUCCCGUCGCUCCAGUUUUCGCUCAAGGCCCUCAUAGUCGAAACCCAAGGCGUAUCAAAGGAAAUUGCCCUUACUGAGCCGCUCGGACAGCUCCGCUCCUUGACAAUCCUGACACCUCCUGCCACGCACGACGCAUUCUCCUUGAGAGAACUAGAUGCUCUCCUCGAUGUCUGUCCAGAACUCCGCCUACUGGCAUGCCGUCUCGAAGGAUCGGCGGCGAUGCUCUCCAACGAAGAGACCUUGGAUCGUAUAUUCGCGAAGGGAAAGCAUAUCGAGACGAUCUCUAUCGAUACUCUGGGUGACCUCGCGGUCUACUUGCGUUGCCUCAGUCGCUUCCAGAAAGUCACUCUGACUUGCGCGUUCUAUUUAAGGAAAAUCGACCUGGCGAUGUUGGAAAGCAGGAUCGUUGCGGAUUUACCUUUUAUACCUCAAAUGAGGUGUUUCACUAUCGCGUCGACCUUUGAACAUCUGAGAGCUCUCGUCUUCAACAAACAACCAGCUCUUCCGGUAGCUCGACUGAUCCAACUGCUCCUUCCACCGGACUGCCGAGUCAUUGCGGGGCCGUCGCCCGAGGAAGGGCUCGAGGACUAUACGCAAUCAAUGCUCGAAUGGUGGUGUGAGCUAAGCACCAGUCUGCAAAAGUUUGAAACAGCCAAACGCGAAACUCGCUCGCCGGCCAGAUCAUUCGUGCCGAUGACACCGGAGCAGAUCGCAAAAGUGCUUCAUUCGAACAGCGGGUGACCACCUUCGUCUGGCCCAGGCGUGUGAUCCCGGACCCGCAAAGCAGAUCAUAAGAACACUUCGUGCGAUCGCGCUUUGGCAGACGUGCCUCGUGCUGCCCAAAAGACCGCGCAGCAUGAAUCUGGAUAAAUACAUUUUACACCUUACCCUAGCAUACGGAUAUUCUGCACACGACUCUGCCACUCCCCUACUACCCAGGCUUCACUGGGA